AUGACUACAACUAAGCAACCUAAAUCUGGUGAAUUAAAAACUUAUGAUUUAAAAAUUGAUGAUGAUACAUCAGAUUAUCAAGAUGAAAAUUUAACACCAAAUCAAUUAAGAAACAGAUACGUUAAAAUCUUGUUAGAAGAAAGAGAAAGUAAAACAAUUCAAGGUAUAAAUGGUCCAACUUCAUUAGUUUCAACUACAAAAUUAGAAAUUCCAAAAUUAUUAUCAAUGUCAAAAAUUUUAAGUGAAUGGUGUAAUAAAAUGGAAAAGAAAAAUUUUAAAAACUAUGAUUUGUAUUAUAAUGGUUACAAAAUCCAAGAAAAUGAUACUGCUAGAGCAUUACAAUUAAGAAAAGAUGAUAUUAUUUAUGCUAUUGCUGAUAAAUCACGUAAAAAGUGA